AAUAUGUCUACGGUACAAAUAUCAGUUCUAGUUCAUGAGUGUUCUGUGGUGUAUACGCAAAGCAAAGCGGAAGUGUUCUUGCGGCCAGCCGUUGCGUUGUUUUUGUAAAAGCUACGUAGUGACGAGAGAAUGGAGUCGAACGGGGAAAGUCACAAGCUGAUGUUCGAGAAGGAGGGCGUGUACCUGCACACCAACGCCAAGAGGAGCAACCAGGACACCGCCAUCCCGGGGUUCAUCCGCAUCGUCGAGAGGGGUGGGGAGCCGGCAUUGGAGUGGAGCCCCCUUGAAGAGGAGAGAGGAAGCGCACCGGCUGUGUUCUACACCAAGAAGGAUGGAGAGGGAGGGGAGGAGGAGACGAACUUUGACCCCGGUUAUGAGCCGGACUGGGCGGUCAUCAGCACAGUGAAGAGGGAGCGAGACCCCACCCCGGUGCGGGAGACAGGUCAAUGGGGCUCGUUCUCCCUGCCGCUGUCCGAGCUCUACUCGCUCCGCCGCGCCCGCUUCUCCCUGGGGCGGAACUUCCUGGUGCUGACCAGCAGGGGGGGCCACCCCCUCCCGCCGCUGCACUUCCACCGGGGCGGGACCAUGGACCUGCUGCGGGCGCUGCAGCGCUACAUCAUCCUGGCGCCGUCUCCAGUGGACCAUCGGCUGUUCCUGGUAUAUCCACACGACUCUGGCGCCCUCUCGCAGUCGUUUGAGGAAUUGCAGCUUUUCGAAGAGGGCAGCUCUGACCUUGUGUCCCGGUUCAUUCAGGACCCCUACGCCACCACGUUCGGGGGGUUCUCCAAGGUCACCAACUUCUUUCGGGGGGCGCUUCGGCCGCCGGACUCCCCCCUGCACCCGCGGGCCCCCCAGGAUGGGCACGGGCCGCCCUCCGCCGAAGAGGAGCCCGGGUUCGAGCUCAUUACCUGCGGAGCCGAACUGGGACCGAAGCCUGAGGUCACACGGGGUCAGCCUCUGGACAAGUGGGAGGAGCUUCUGGACGCGGAGGGCCGGGUGACGGAUCCACAGAGGGUGAAGGAGCUGGUCUUCAGAGGGGGCAUCACUCCGUCCCUGCGGAAGGAGGUGUGGAAGUUCCUGCUGGCGUUCUACCCCUGGGACAGCACGGCCAAAGAGAGGGAGGACCUGGUGAGAGCGAAGACGGACGAGUACUUCAGGAUGAAGGUGCAGUGGAAGUCGGUCAGCGAGGAGCAGGAGAUGAGGAACUCCCUCCUCAGGGGAUACCGGAGCCUGAUUGAGAGAGACGUCAGCCGGACGGACAGGCACAACUCCUUCUUCUCCGGGAACGAGAACCCGGGCCUCACGCUCCUGCACGACGUGCUGAUGACCUACUGCAUGUACAACUUCGACCUGGGGUAUGUGCAGGGGAUGAGCGAUCUCCUCUCUCCCAUCCUCUUCGUCACUCAGAAUGAAGUGGAGUCUUUCUGGUGCCUGACAGGCUUCAUGGACCUCGUGCAUCACAACUUUGAGGAGUCUCAGGAGGCCAUGAAGCAGCAGCUCCUGCAGCUCAGUAUCCUGCUCAAAGCUCUGGACCCGGAGCUCUGCGACUACCUGGACUCCCAGGACAGCGGCUCCCUGUGCUUCUGUUUCCGUUGGCUACUGAUCUGGUUCAAGAGGGAGUUCUCCUUUGAGGACAUUCUGACGCUGUGGGAGGUGAUGUGGACCCGCCUGCCCUGCCCUAACUUCCACCUGCUGAUGGCCUGUUCCAUUCUGGAGUCACAGAGGGAGGAGCUGAUUGGCUCCGACUACGAUUUCAACACCAUACUGAAGCACAUAAACGAUCUGACCAUGAGGCUGGACCUGCAGUCGCUGCUGCGAGGAGCCGAGGCCAUCUACCUCCAGCUGACGCGCUGCAAGGAGCUCCCAGUGAAGGUGCAGGAGGUGCUGGGCCUCUGCCCUCCCCCCAGCUCGGACGAGGAGAGCCCCGUAUCCGAGCCCAGCGAGACGCAGCCGCUCCUCAGCCAAUCGCAGGCCGGGGGCGUGGCCUCCGCCGCCGCCCAACCGAGCGGCAGCGGCUCUCCACCCCGCCCACCCCCCACUUACCCCUAACCGAAGGACUGAGCGAUGGAGGGAGAGGGAGCGGGGGGGUCCUGGUGGGCGGGGUCAGAGUUGCUUCACGCUUUCUGGGCUGACCGGCGUGUGAACGACUGCCUUUACCUGCUUCAGGAAGACCACACGCCCUUACACUCCAGACCAGCAGGUGGCGGUAUGCACCACUUAACCAAUUAUGCCAGUUUUUAGAGUUGAGAGACAUUUCACCGGUCAUUUAAUGAAGGAAGGAACCCCUCCCCCCAUUUUGCCAAUCAACUAAUCGUGUCACGUGACUAAAUUUUGGCUUCGGCGGACGCUAGCUACCCUGAAAUCCGGCCGCUCGCGAUUCCACCGCGGCUCCGUUCACACGUCUCGCCCCGCUCUGCUCGGUACAGGAAGCUUGAAGGCCCUUUUAGAAAGCAGACAGGAAGUGCAUAUGAAGGAAUGGCAGGAAGUGUGACCUGGGAAAGAGAGUUUUGUACCAUAUUGUAUAUACACAUUACAGAGAGAGAAGGGCAUGGGGGGCUGGUAACACCCAAUGUGGGGGGGGGGGGUGGGACGGGUGGGAUGGGGGGGGCUUAACGUGAGCAAGGUGACUGAGCUUUUGUUUUUACUCUUUUCUCUGAGGUAACCAUAGUUUCAUUACGUCUAGUUCCCCGUUUUUGUUUGUGAUUAAACAUCUAGUCUGUAGCCUCUGUUCACUUCUCUUCUGAAAUGCAUGGCUUCACCUUGUGUAUUAUGGUAGAAGCAUAUUUGUUACUGUAACCAUGCGAUCAUCGAUUGUCUUGUCUCCUAAUUUGGCAAGCAGUGCCUAAUGUGUUAUUUGUCAGUCCGUGUCUUUAUACCAUUUAUUUCCUUUGUUAUUAUGGAUGUCAUCUUGAUUUGUCCUCUUUUCCUCUCUCUCUCUCUUUCUCUCCCUCAUUCCUGUUUGUGUAAUGAAGGUAACUCGCUCGACAGCGGUUCAUUUCUAAAUGACGCCAUGCUGUCCUUGCGCACACAUGCAUGCCUAUGUGUUAUUUACUAUAUACAGUAUGUUUUAUGUGGAGUUUGACUAUUCCAUUAUAACCUUAUUUUCAUUAAUACGUACAAAUAAAAUCUGUAUCAGAACUCUUAA